ACAUUUCCUUUUCCGUCGUCACCUCACUUUUCUCGAAUUAUUAUAGGACUAGCCGGUCUCGGUUUUAUCCUAUUUUAUCGUAAAUCGAGCGCAGCGUGGUAGUGUUUCUUGUUACCUAUAUCGCCCAACAUAUCCAACUACAAUGGCUGAACCACGUGAAAGAACCUUCAUCAUGGUAAAACCUGACGGAGUGCAACGUGGUCUUGUCGGAACCAUCAUCCAACGCUUUGAACAAAAAGGCUUCAAAUUAGUAGCUCUCAAAUUGGUUUGGCCUUCCGAAGAUUUAUUGAAGAAUCACUACAGCGACCUCGCGUCUCGCCCGUUCUUCCCAGGUCUUGUUAAGUACAUGAGCUCUGGUCCAGUUGUACCAAUGGUCUGGGAGGGACUUAACGUAGUUAAGACCGGUCGUCAAAUGCUGGGAGCAACCAACCCCGCUGACUCUCUGCCAGGUACUAUCAGAGGAGACCUUUGCAUUCAAGUCGGCCGCAACAUCAUCCACGGAUCAGACAGUGUUGAAUCAGCCAAGAAAGAAAUCGCUCUUUGGUUCACUGAAAAGGAAGUCGUUGGCUGGACCCCAGCUGCAGAAAACUGGAUCUACGAAUAAGCAUAUGUAUUUAUUAUAAGUAAUAAAAAAUAAAUGUGAUAAAAUUA